GCGCUGUCCGCUCCCGGGCGGUAAACAGGAAAAAACACGUGACAGGGAAAGGCUACAGUAUCUUCCCUUAUUGGUUUUUAAAUGCAUGACGGCCUUCGAGAAACCCUCCCUUACUGAUCCCCGUCAUGCACAAAACAACAAAACCGAGCGGAGAAAAGAUGGCGAGCGGGGAGGAGGCUGGACGCCCCUCCGUUUCCCCCUCCUCGGUGGGACUGGAGGCACUGUUCACGGCCGAGGCCGCCGGCCGAGCGGACGGGGAUGGCAGCCCGGAGCUGGCCAAGCUUCGGGAGCGCCUUCAGGGCUGGCUGUGGCAGUACGAGCCGGCGGUGCUGUGGGCGCAGAGGCUGCUGGUGUGGGAGAGGCCGCUGCAAAGCAUCUGCGUCGCCUUCGCCCUCAACACCGCGUUCUGGCUGCUGUCGUCCACGCCCCUCCGGCCCAUCUUCCUCAUCAGCGUCUCUCUCAUCAGUCUGGUGCUGCUCGAAAGGUGGAAGGACAAGUUGCCCAGCAUCCCAGUCCAUUAUCCCGACUCCGCCAUGCCCGAAAGGGAGGGCAUGACAGUGCGACCGCGGCUCCUCGGCGUCCCCGAGCUGAGUCACCAUCUCGCCGAGACUUACUUCACGUUCACCCUCUACGUCCAGGAGAUGCUGCUCUACAAACGACAGAACCACGGGAAGUUCUGUGCGUUGAUGUGUGCAAGCUGCCUGGUCCUGGCAGUUUUAGGACACUAUGUUCCAGGCAUCAUGAUCUCCUAUAUUAUAUUGCUCAGCGUGUUGCUCUGGCCUCUGGUGGUCUACCAUGAGCUCAUCCAGAAGAUGUACACUGGCCUGGAGCCCGUCCUGAUGAAACUGGACUACAGCAUGAAGGGGGAGGAGCGGCACCACAAGCAUGACAAGAGAAAGGUGAAGAAGGAGAGCGAGGAUGGCAGUGAGCCUCAGGCCGAGACGGAGAGUGAGAGUGAGGGUGAGCUGUCCUGCUUCACCCCCACGGUGGACGUGAAGACCACAGCGUUGGCCAUGGCCAUCACUGACUCGGAGCUGUCCGACGAGGAGGCCUCCAUCCUGGAGAGCGGCGGCUUCUCGGUGUCCAGAGCCACCACGCCGCAGCUCAGCGACGUCUCAGAGGAUCUGGACCAGCAGAGCCUGAACAGUGAAGCAGGCGAGUCCUUGUCCAGGGACCUGCCUGAGUCACCAGCGCCGGCGUCACCCGGCCCAAACCACGGCACCGCUGCUGGUCCCCAGAACCUCCCACAAAGUCCUGAGAGUCUCCUGAUCCGGCACCUGGCAUCGCCGCUGCACUUCGUCAACACACAUUUCAACGGCCACGGGGAGGUGGGGGCCCCAACACUGGGACUGAGCGAGGUCCCCAGGGGCCCGAAUCCGUCCCUGGAGGCGCUGAGCGAGGAGAUCGUGAACACGGCCAUCUCUGCCGUGGUGCAGGGCACCUUGAGAGUCCUGCUGAGCUCUAGCGAAUCUCCCCCCGCCGACCCCGAGCCUGGCUCCGCCUCCACGGACGACGGCACCGCCAAACGGGACGAGUCGCCUCUUCCCACCACCGCCUCGGCCCACGGGCCGGAUGAGGAUUUCGAGCUUCUGGACCAAAGUGAACUGGAAUCGACAGAUGGGGACCAGAGCGAGAUCUCCGUUGGCCCGGAGACGGAAGCAGGUGUUACCCCGGCGACCCCACCUCCUAGCCCCCGCCGGCAGGAGUCGUAGCUUGCCGACGAAACUGAAACGGACUAAACUGUUGAUUUUAUUUAUCAUCCAUGAAGUAUUGAGCGCACCAAGGGGAACAGGCCAGGCCGGGUACCAGCUACGGUUUACUCGUGUGUCUGUGAUUGGGCAGCGGGAUCCCUGUGACUCCCCCCAUGUGGACAGGAAGUCGCUGCCCGGGGGCUUGAUGGCAGUUUGUGGUUGACAGCAUUGGCGUGUCAGUAGCCAACUGGCUACUACAGUCACAACAGGUCCUGAACACUAACAGCUGUUGGGCUUUAAGUGGGAAUAUAGAACCCUAAUCUGUGUGUUGUUUAGGAUUCGGUUAACUUUUGGCUAAUCUAUAGUAAAAUUGGAAUUGCUAAUAUAUUCAAGGCUAAUCUAACCCGCAAGUUAUUUCCCCUUUCAGAGAACGAUUGUAAACCCUGUAGCUGCAUGUUCAGAGGUCCUAGUGGAAAGUUGGCCAGUUUUUACCACAUGAUCAAGCGACAAAUGAUUCUACUUUUUCUGACCAUUAUGCUACGUUUGUUUAAUCGAGAGUAUAGACACUACACUGAAGUAUUUAAGAUUUUUAUUAAAAUGUUUUGCAAUA